UAUUUUGCAACCCUCCCCAACCCCAACCCUCCCCCCCCGAUCUUCCCUUCUCUUCUCUGUCUCUCUCUGUGGUCUCAAAGCUCUAACAUGGGGUACAGAACCUUAGAAAUCAACGUUACCUCUGCCAAAGACCUCAAAGAUCUCAACCUCUUCUCAAAGAUGGACGUAUACGUCGUCGUCUCCCUCUCCGGCGACAAGCAAAAGGCCAAAACCAAGGUCGACCGAGAAGGUGGCACCAGCCCCUCCUGGAACUUCCCGGUGAAAUUCACCAUCGACGAGUCCGCAGCCCGACAAAACCGACUGAACCUCGAGUUCAAACUCCGCUGCGAUCGCAGCCUCGGCGGAGACAAAGAUAUCGGCGUAGUGUACGUUCCCGUUACAGAGCUUCUCAACUCAACCGGCGACGGUAAAUCCAUGCAGUUUGUGAGUUACCAGGUGACCAAACCCUCCGGAAAGCCCCAAGGCAUACUCAAUUUUUCGUACAAGUUUAUCGACAAAGUGGCUGCAGGCGGUGAACCCCUGGUGCCAGAGGGUAAGGCUUACGAGCCUGUUACUGCAUAUCCCGCUCCUGUGGUGGGGACUAGUGCGCUACCAUACGAUGGGUUCUAUCCUCCGGCUGCCGCUCCUCAUCCUCCUCCUCCACCAUAUGGUUAUGGGUACCCACCGCCUCCACCGGGUUAUGGGUACCCGCCGCCUCCACCGGGUUACGGGUACCCACCGCCUCAGCCAGGUUACGGGUACCAACCGGCGGUGCAGCAACCACAGAAGAAGAACAAGUUUGGGAUGGGAUUGGGAGCUGGAUUGCUAGGAGGAGCGCUUGGGGGGCUGUUGAUCGGAGAUAUGGUGUCCGAUGCAGGGUGUGACGCAGGAUUUGGUGAUUUUGGUGGAUUUUGAUUUUUUUUUUCUUUGUUUUUUGUUUGACUUUUCUAAUUAGAAUUUAGAUGGUUUGGUAGGUUUCAUAAAAAAUGGCUGCUUUUGACUCUUGAUAAAAUUGCCAUUUUCUGGAACUGUUGGGACAUAGGUGGGCACAUGGAUCACAGUUUACAUCUGAAUUCUUGUUGUUAGUUUAUUUUCAGAUGCUUGGACUGUGGAUAAGGUUCAUGUGUUGUGUUUGUAACCAAAGUGCGACAACAAGUACUUUGUCAUGCAUAGGCAUAAAAUAAUAUAGCUGAUGCUUGCCCUUAUCUAA